ACAAAUGCUCCCGCGGCCGCCCUGCCUCAUUAGCACAGCCUGGCCAGGCACGCGGCGGGGUCUGGGCUGGCGAGGCGGCGCGCGCCUCCUGCUCUCCGUCUCCCUCGCGCCGCCGGCACCAUGAAGAUGCACUUCAGCAUCCCUCUCUCCGAAGAGCUGCUGGAGAAGUUUGGCGGCCGCUAUGUGCUGUACUCCGUGUAUCUUGAAGGCUUCCUUUUCUGCAAAGUGCGUUACAGUCAGUUGCACCACUGGAAUGAACAGUUAAGGCGGGUCUUUGGGAAAGGUGUGCCUGCGUUCCCUCCAAAAUUCUACCUCGCAAUGACGAAGUCAAUGGCUGAUGAAAGGAGAGCUCAGCUUGAACAAUAUCUACAGAAUGUGUCGAUUGAUCCUAGUAUUACGAACAGCGACGUCUUUAUUAGUUUCUUUAGGAAAUUGCAGCAGGAUACAUUUAAAAUCCAAACCCAACAAUCUUUUCUGGAUGUUUAUCUUGCUGAUGGACGGUAUCUCAGAAUUGAUAUUCAGACAUCGGAUACCGCUGAAAGAGUGCUAGAGGUUGUAUCGUACAAGAUUGAGCUUUCAAGAGAAUUAAUAGGCUAUUUCAGCUUGUUCCUUAUUCAAGACCACAACAAUGGGGAGCUGUCUGUAUUGAAAAAACUGGCAGAAUUUGAACUUCCCUAUGUGAGUCUUCAGAGCAUGAAAGAAUCGCCUUGUAAGAUUGGGAUCAGAAAGUGGUACAUGGACCCAUCCCUUGAUAAAAUGCUUAUGAAUUGCAGAACUUCAGUGAACUUACUUUAUAUACAGGUUCUGCAGGAAAUGGAGAAGAACUGGAUCAAGCCUACAGACGGACAGAUGCAGAAGCUUCAAAUGCUACAGAAAGUACCUAACAAAAUGAAGUUUUUAGAGCUGGCUCAGGAGGUCCAGCACUAUGGAUACAUUAAGCUUGCUCCUUGCUCCUGCGACUAUCCUGAAGCAGGCUGUACUGCUGCUAUUCAUGUGGGAAAUAAUGAGAUUAGCUGCUGCAUAAAGUUGCCUAGCAACCAGAUCAAAGAGGUCAGCUUCAAGAUCAACAGGGUGAGGUGCUGGCAGGUCACAUUUCUAGGAUCUGUUACAGGCCAAGGCCUUGACCAAUUCCUGGAGCUCAGGUUUGAGUACAACGAUUCUGACACCUGGAGAUGGAUUGCCUUUAACACAAAGCAGGCAUUUCUCCUAAGCAGCUGCUUAAAAAAGAUAAUAUCGGAACAGCUGAUGACACCAACCAAAGGUGAUCAAGAAAUGCAGAUUGAACUUCCUGAACCAGGUAAAGCUAAGAAACCAAGCAUCCAUCCAAGUCAGAUAUUUCAUUCUGGUUUUAAGCCAAGAAAAAAACCGAACGCUAGUAGACCAAAUGAGGAUGACUGUGUGUUUGAGAAAAUACGCGAAGAAGACUUGUGACCUGCACUUCAGCUGCUGCUGCCUCUGGGUUUUUUUUUUUUUAAAAAUGAGGAAUAGCAAACUUAUCACAGCAGUUGUCCUCUGUUUAAUAGCAGUCUACAUUUUCUAACUCCUCACGUGUUUUUGUUCUUGAGGUUUUUU